AUGGCAACCGUACCGCCUCAACACCAGAAAUCAAGUGUACCGGUGCGAGAUAUCCUGUCAUUCGACGCGAAGCAGCAGCAGACGAUACGACUCUAUCCACUCAGCAACUACACCUUCGGCACGAAAGAGACACAGCCAGAGGAAGAUCCAUCAGUGAAGGACAGAUUACGGCGACUAGAAGAGCACUACGACAAAUAUGGCAUGCGACGGACGUGCGAAGGUGUGCUGGUCUGCCACGAACACAAUCACCCGCAUGUGUUGAUGCUGCAAAUUGCGAAUGCCUUCUUCAAGCUGUAUGCCUUUCCGAAAGCCGUCUGGUAGUCGCAUUGCUGAUUACCUGCUGCAGACCUGGCGACUACCUCCCCCACGACGCCGAAGAGAUUGCGGGCUUCAAAGUGCGCCUCAACGAACGUCUCGCGCCCACAGGCUCCCUCUCCGAACGCGAAGCCGCCGAUCUCGAAUGGGACGUCGCCGACACCAUCGCCCAAUGGUACCGCCCCAACUUCGAGACCUUCAUGUACCCCUUCCUCCCACCCCACGUCACGCGUCCCAAAGAAUGCAAGAAGCUCUACUUCAUCCAGCUCCCCAAAGCCAAAGUCCUGAGCGUACCGAAGAACAUGAAGCUCCUGGCUGUGCCCUUGUUCGAGUUGUAUGAUAAUUCGCAGCGCUAUGGUCCGCAGCUGAGUGCCAUUCCGCAUUACUUGAGCAGGUAUAGGUGGGAGUUUGUGGAUGAGCAGGGCGAAGUGGUGAGUUACACACCUGGUGGAGCAGUGGAUGAGAGGGUCCGGACGAAGAUUUUGGCGGGUGGAGAGAAUGGCGUCAAGAGCGAGGAGCAGAAUGCUGAGGGCAGGAGCGAGCAGAUGGAAUCAUAG